AUGGCUUUUGUUAAUCAUUCUAUUCAUUGUAUUAAAAAUAUUUAAGUUAUUUAAUUAAUUAAGAUUUCUUACCUGAUGAGGAAAUUUUUGAUGUUGCUAAAUGUAAUGGUAUUUACUUCUGUAGCAUAAGUUUGUGACACUAUUCAAUAGCAGUACAAUGUGUAUGCUACAGUGGGCGAAACUUAAGAAUGGGAUAUGAGAAAGUACUUUUUCACAGGAGAUAAUCUAAAAUUUAAAGUCACAGAUGAUUGUCCCUAUUUUGAGACAAUCGAUCCUUUUGCUGAAAUAGGAGAGUCUAUCAGUCAUGGAGAUCGUAAGAAUGCAAUCAUAUAGUUAGCAUCAAUUGGUAUAAUCAGAAGUCUCAAACCUUACAGAUCAUUUGAAAACGGAGCAUGGCUGAAUGACUUUAUUUUCUUAGAGUAAAAUAAUUCAGAUGUUGACGUAUUCUAUUCUUAUGGAGAUCCAUAAAAAAUGGAUAGAGUUCCCGCUUUUAAGGGUUAAAUUAAUGCCAGGAACAAAACAAGGAACUUCGUGUGUUUCGAUUUAGAUUUUUUGACUAAUAAUAAGAUUGUCGUAGAUUGCUAUCAACAAGACUUGGAUGAUUAGACAAAGGGCUAUACCAAUGGAUUCAUAGUGGUAGAUAUUGCAAGUCCAGAUCAGUAUGCUCUUUUCCCGAAUGAGCAUCCUUAAGGAUAUAAUUACAAUCAUACAGAUUAUCGAAAAAUACUGUUCCAUAAUUAUACUUAUUCAAAUCGAGAUAGAUAAGCCUUACUAUUCAGAGGUGAACCUGCAUGGGCUACUGAGCAUGCAGAUAUGGCAUAAAAUAAAUUGGAUGACGAUUGUGAAUUGGAAGUUUACCGUUUUGAUAACAAAUUUCAAUUGUCAAAUCCUGCUCCUGUGGCUGUAUUGACAAAGACAGUUAUAGCAAAAUUGUUGGGUACAUCUGAGACAACAUAAAAAUUUUAUUUAAUUGAUUUUUAAUUAGAACCUAAUGGAGAAAUUUACGUUUUGGAUGCAUUUAACGGUGUUUAUGUGUUGUAUUUCGAAUCAGCCUAAUUAGAGUGGAAACUAAAGACUCACAUAAGACCUCCAUAUCUGACACCCUGUUAUGGAUUUGAUUUUAAUUAUUUAAUAGGCUCAGAAGGGAAUGUGACCAACCAUUUGGUGUUAGUGUUUGAAAAUUCAGUCAACUUCUAUGAAAAUGACUUAUAAAAAUUCUCAUUCAGGACACCAAACAUUACUUCCUACAAAAAUUUAUAGGUGUAAAUGAGUUAAUUGUUUUUGGUUUUGAAGAUAGACACAUACCUUUACAUUUAUCAUUCAGACACAGGAUCAAAGCUAUAUACAUUUACACAAAACUUGUUUGAUUAAGUUAUCAUCAAUCCUUACGAACCAGAUUUGGUGGGAGUGAACGAGAAUUCUGCUCACAGAUUCUUAAUCAGCAAUGGCUUACUUCGUUUGAAGUAUUUAGACAGUGUUAAUGAUGGAUUGAUGCCAUAUACAUUAAAAGCAAUUUCUUUAGACAACCCAUCUUAACAAUGCUAAGUUCUCCUUAAUGUACAAGUGUUGAAACAGAGUGACACUACCAUUAGACAACAAAGUAGUCAUCCUUUGCCAGCUACUUUAACACUCCCUUCUCCUCCUAUUGGAAUUGAUUUAAUAGCCUCAGGACCAAAUCUGCAAUAUGUGUCUAUACAGGGAAAUCAAAACUCAAGGGGCAAUAACAAAGUAGUCCUAACUGUUAAAUCUGCAUGGAAUUUAUAAUUGAAUGGCAUCACCUUACCAGAUGCCAAAGAUGUUGAAUAUUCAGAUGUGUUGGUCAAUGAAAAUUCAGGAGUAUUUUAUUUGUUGCUCCAAAUCCCAACUAAAGAGAUAUUUGUUUAUAGAUGCAGUCACAAAUUAACAAAUCAUGAGGAAGCUGACUGCAAGAACUACGAUAAAUUUUAAUUGGACCACAUUAUUGAUAAAACUAAACACUCCUUUGCAUGGUGGAUCUACACUCUUUAUAUCAAUUAUAUGUAUUAAGAUACUGAUUACACAAUUUAAAUAUAUGCAAGUGCAGGUGGAGAUGUUUAGCAUAUUGAUACAAUCAGAGUGGAUGAUGGAUCAACAGAUAAUAAAAUCGAUUCAGUGACCUUUUUGGAAGAUGAAAUUUAUUUAGUUUAAUCUAAAUUAAAAAAAGUACUCAUUUAUUCAAGAUACAUGCCUUUCUAAUUAUUAUACGAAAUAAAUGAUAGCAAAUUGGCUUAAUUUAAUGUGAAAGGUAAUUUCACUCCAUAAAGAGUGUUUGGAAAUGCCAAAUCUAAAUCCUCAUUGAUUUUCAUUUAGACUCUUUCCUCCUUAUUUAUUGGUACCUUCUCUAAUGACAAAAUUUCAUCCUUUAUCUUAUAAAAAGAAAUCACCAUUCUCCCUGGAGCACAAAUUGAAGUUGCAAUUGGACCUGAAAACUUUUUCAUAGUUCAGAAAUAAGAUGAUUUGGAUCUCAUAGAAGAAUACAAUUAUAAACAUAUCUAAAGAAUAUACAAAACAAAGGUCUUGCCUUUAUAUGAUUACAAAUUGUAAAAACCUUUGACUGUAGACUAUUCCUCUUAAACAGGCUGGCUCUUCUUAAGAGCAAAAGAUCAAAAACAAACUGUGGUCUUGAUUUAUGAGCCUGGAGUUGUAUCACAUAUUUGUCUACAUAAAGUGUUAGAAACUAAGGCAUUGGAUCAAGAUGGCAAGACUUUCGAUAUGGCUAUCGAUGGCAGCAAAUAGAUGUUUGCUUACUUUAAUAACAACACCAUUCAUAGAUUUAUAAGUAUUUUGGCAGAUGCCGAAUUAUAUGUCACUCCAUUUUUGGAUUCCUCACAAUUUGUCACAGAGACUAUCGCAGGAAUUGAAAUUACUAAUUUCCCAGGAAACACACCUUACAAAUUAUAAUCUAAUAUAAAGAUCCUCAAUUCUCAAAGCACUGUGAUUGUUAAAUAAGCAUAAUUCGAUAACAUGUAAAAAGUGUUUAAAUUUGUGAAACAGGAAGCCGAGUAGGUCAUUGAAAUGGGAACUGAUUGGUACUAUGGAUAAGUCACGAGUUUUCACGUUAUAUGUAAAAAAUGUGGUUCAAAUUUAACUAUCAAACAGAACAUUGAAAGAGUGAAAGAUGGAAAGGAUUUGCCAUAUGACAUUUCAGAUGGAGCUGCUUUCGGAACCUAUGGAUAAGUGUAUUAAACUAGAAAUUCAUUGAUAUUUUAAGAUAAGAAGGGUAAUUUUUCAUCAAGAUUUGAUAUGAGAUUGGGAACUGAAAGCUGUGAAUUGCUUACUGUAUCAGAUGAUUUAAGCUAUAUUUUCUCAAGUUGGUCGAACACUAAAAAUGAAGUUGGUGUCUAUGUCGCUACCUGCUAACAACAAACGUGCCAAUAAUUUAAAUAAGGAACUUAAACCAUAGGCGGUAUUAAAAAGAUCUCCAAGAUAUAACUGGCAGAUAAAAAGAAUCUCAUCAUUUUAAAUACAGAUCCUGAAAACUUUAGUUCUUUGGAUAACUUGAUUGUUGUUGCAACAUUUACUUCUGAUGAAAAAACCUUUUCUAUUUCAAAUAAAUAUCUUAUAAAUGACUAAUAUGUUGGAAGUAAGUUCUUGUAAAUUGGUGACUUUGAUAUUGCUAAAUAUUCAAUCAAUGGUGUGACUUACAAUACUAUCGUUUUUACCGAUAUCAAUUAAGGUCUAUACUUUUGCCAUUUCGCUUAUGAUGCAGCAGGAGCUUUUUCAAAAACUACAUCGGAAUUGUUUAAACUUCAAACACUUUAAGAUGAACAAUUCUACUUUAAUGAAAAUACUAAGUUUUAUCAAGUGAGAGUUAUAUCCAAUACAGUUUCUGGAACAACACUUUCACUCAACAUCCUUGUUACAACAAGCAACACUGCUCAUUAUGUCAUUGCUUUUGAUCUAGAUGCCUCCAAAGCAACUACUACAAUUUCAAUUAUCAAACAAAAUACCAAAUUAUUAUACAUUUUAACUCCAUAUGGCACUUGGCCAGCUAUUGAUAAAUUGGCUUAUGUUAACGGACAUGUUGCAAUCCCUUACACUGAUGAAACUACUGUUAUUAUUGGAAUUUAUGACCUUCCCUCCGAUAGACCAACGGCUGUUAAAUCCAUUAAAUUUAAUCACUAUAUUGGUGCAAAUUACCAAAAGGUUUUGCCAAUCGAUUUUGCAUUAUUAUUAAUAAAAGAAUCUGGAGCUAGCUAUCCUAGUGUCUACGUAAACAUAAACUAUGAUUCCAAAUCAGAAGAAUAUUUAGUUGAAAAGUAUGAUUUAAGAGCUGAUCCAGUUUUGAUUCUAAAGAAGUCAUCAGCCUUAGAUGAUGAAGUCCCCAUAACACUUUAGCUCUUAAAUGACUUCACUGAAACAGUCGGAUAUGCUUAUUUAUCAGUUAAUGGAUCUCCUAAUCCUCCUAACCCUGAUGAUGGUAAUUCAAGCUCUAAAUGGUGGUGGAUUACAUUAAUCGUUAUAUUUGGAGUAGCCAUACUGGGAGUUGGUGGAUAUUUUGCCUAUUAAAAGUUCAAUAAUAGAAGAGUUGACCCACUAAUUGGAUGAUAUAAACUCUAUAAAAUUGAAUUAUGGAAUUAAAUAAUAAAUUUAAAAUAUAUU